AUGGUUCGCAAGAAGCUCAUUGUGAAGAAAAUUGAGAAUCCUAGCUCGCUUCAAGUAACAUAUUGUAAGCGUAAGGAUGGAAUUAUUAAGAAGGCUUCUGAAUUAGCAGUUUUAUGUGAUACAGAUGUUGGUCUUGUGAUGUUCUCUCCUACUGGUCGAUUGACUAGCUUUGCAAGCAAUGGAAGGAUUGAGGAUAUCUUUCUUCGUUAUGUUGACCGGCCUAAUGAACUACGAGGAGGGCCUAUUGAGAAUGAAGAGCGUUUAUAUCGAAGCCUCAAGAAUUCGAAGUAUGAAGGAGAAAUCCUGGAACAGAUAGCAAAACUCUUGGAGAAGAACUCCAUGAUCUCAAUCAGCUAG